AUGAUUGAAGGCACUCGACGUCGCUUCCUAUACCACCUGAACUCGCGCUGGAUCUACGGCAAAGUUCCACUCCUUCACGCCGCCGUAUUCCUCCUCCAGAUGGCUGCCGUUUCCCUCUUGACGAGGAAGUUCAACUCCUACUAUGCCCAGCGACCAGUACUCACCACUAUGAUCACCAACGCUGUGUUGGGUGGCAUAGCGGACACUGUGGCGCAGACGUUGACCGCAGUGCGACAACGUGCAGUGCGCAAGGGCGAUAAAGAUGAUUUCCUAGCCAUCGAAAUCCACGAAAUCGACAGGCGCAACCCCUUCUCCGAACGCGAUCUCAUCCCCGAUUCGAAACUACUACCUCCUCCAUUCGACUUUGAGCGGUUGACACGGUUCAUGUCGUACGGAUUCUUGAUGGCACCCGUACAGCACAAGUGGUUUGGCUUCCUUACGAGGACUUUCCCAAUGAGCAAGACUUCUGCCAUGGUGCCCGCGCUGAAGCGCAUGGCUUUGGACCAACUCAUGUUUUCCCCAGUUGGUCUGGCUUGCUUCUUCACCUUCAUGACCGUUGCUGAGGGCGGUGGUAAGCGCGCCGUUGCCCGCAAAUUCCAGGACAUCUAUAUCCCGGCCCUCAAAGCGAACUACUUGGUUUGGCCGGCAGUACAGAUUAUCAACUUCCGUCUCCUGCCCAUUCAGCUCCAGAUUCCCUUCGUCUCCACCAUCGGUAUUGCUUGGACCGCUUACCUGUCCCUCACCAACUCGGCUGAAGAGGCGUAA